AUGACCAACGGAUUCCCUGAAGGACAAUACUUUUAUAUCAAAUCUCGUAGCUGCGGCUCCUGUGUGGAUGUCUAUAUGGGUGAGACUACAGCUGACUCCAACAUUAUUAUUUGGCCUCAAAAACAUGGUGAAGAUAAAGACAAUCAGCUUUGGCGUGCCGAAGAUGGUUUCUUGGUUAACAAGAAAUCCAAUUUAGUCAUUGAUGUACGUGGUGGUGACCUUUUAUCUGAUAAACCCAUUGUUCAAUAUGACCGCAAGAUUACCAUGGCUCAUAACCAACGAUGGGGUUAUCGUGAUGGCUAUGUCUAUGUCUUGGCUGAUCCUCGUCUUGUUCUUGACAUCAAGGGUGGUGGAAACAAAGAUGGUACCAAGAUUAUCUUGUAUAAGCGUAAAGACACAGACAAUCAAAACCAACAAUGGACCAUUGAACCUUAUGGUGAACCUAUUGGCGGUGGUGGCAUGCAUCAUCAACCAGGCCAAGAACACGCUGGUAAUGUUCCCUAUUAUCCUCCUCCCGAAUAUCCUACCCCUCAAAGACAAGAGCAUCAUUCCGGACAAGAAUAUCACAGUGGUAGUGGUAAUGCACCUUAUUAUCCUCCUCCUUCUGGUAACUUUGGUGGCUAUGGACCUCCUGAUAGUCAGAACCCUCGUUAUCAAUAA